UCCAUUGAAUAAAUGAAAGCAUUUAGCUUUUUUAAAUAAGUGCUUAUUUAUGACUGUAUUUUAAAACAUAAAGAGAAGCUAUCUCAAAAGUUAUUAAAUAAGCAUUAUAUCACCCUGUCUUACUCAGUGUAUAAAAUUAACACUGUAGUUACAAGAAGGUAAAAUAGAUCUUGAUUCCAAAGAUACAGUAUUACAGUGACAUCAGUAUAUCUGAAUAGUCUUACAUUUAAUUGUAGAAGAAAAUAGCCACAUUUUUUAAAGCAAAAUAAUAUCUUUAUAUUUAUAGCAAAUGUCAAAUUUAUUUUCAAAUGUUUUUUCUCCAAUAGUUGAUGAGGGCCCUAGUCCUCCAGAGCAGUUUAUGGCUGUCAAAUUAUCUGAUUCCAGAAUCACCCUGAAAUCUGGCUAUGGAAAAUAUAUUGGUAUAAAUUCAGAUGAACUUGUUGUUGGGCAUUCAGAUGCAACUGGACCAAGAGAACAAUGGGAACCAGUCUUUCAAAAUAUUAGACCCUGUGCUGAAAGAGAAACCAAGAAAAAAGAUGACAUUCCAGAAGAAGACAAAGGAAAUGUAAAACAAUGUGAAAUCAAUUAUGUAGUCUCAGUCAUAGCCUGCCUUCAUCUCUGAAGGGACCAGGCGACCCACGGAGUGCCUUGGCAGCCUUGUCAUUGCAUGCAAUCUUCACAGACAAGAUCUCACUGCAACCACCUUUCUACAGGAGCACAGGUGUGACAUUAUACUGAUGACAUCAUUCUCAGAGAAAAUUCAUUUUACAAACUAAGGACACACAGAUACAAGGAGGCUUACACAAAGGGAAUGGACCUUUCCCAACACAAUAGUGCAAGGCCCUGCCACUUUGCUUCAAUUCCUGAAAAUUCCUUGGCACAGUCUUGCUCUGUCACCCAGGCUGGUAUGAAGUGGUACGGUUUCAGCUCACUGCAGCCUCGACCUCCUGAGAUCAAGCAAUUCUCCCAUCUCAGCCUUCCAAGUAGCUAGGACUUCAGGUGUGUGCCAUGACACUCAGCUAAUUUUGUUUAUAUUUUUGUAGAGAAAAGGUCUCACUAUGUUACCCAGGCUGGUCUCAAACUCCUGUGGUGAAGCGAUCCUCUUGCCUCAGCCUCCCAAAGUUCUGGGAUCACAGGUGUGAGCCACUGUGCCCAGCCCUUUAAUUCUUUACUUGGGGUUCAGGUGACAAUAUAUUUCUUAUUUACAAAUCUUACUUAAUCUCACUGAUGCUGUCAUUGGCAAACUGACCCACCUUGAAUGAAGCCUCCUCCAACAAGUCUGGAAUCUCUCCGAAUUUAAAUUAACAGGUGCUCCUAUGAAUUCCCUCAGAGAACACACUGUGGAUGCUUUAGCAACCUCUUCCUAUGCCUCCUGAAGUAUCUGGGUUGCAUAUGGUGGCCAUAAGUAGUCCAUGGGCUUCUGAUGUAAAAAACAAACCUGCCCCUUUUGACCCUGUUCUGUACAGCAUCAGGGCAGUGAUUGCCGACCACAUGCUGGACCCUCUGGAAACAGAGGGCUCUGCAUCCAUGUCCACGAGCCUUCAUGCCCAUCUGGCCAUCAGGCCUUGGGAAGCAGCACCCCACAGCCUUGGCACAGCUGCAGAGACCUCCUUGCGUCAGGAUGGAGUCAAACCUGGACCCCCUGCCAUUCUCAUCUGCAGGAAACACUGGCCUCCUUCAUCCUCAGUCUGUGUUGCUGGAAGUCAGACGUCUCCGAGGCCCCUUGGGAUCGACUGAGUGACCAGCAGUGAAGUUCAUCCACCUUCUGAAUGGAUGCCAUCAUCUGACGUGAUGGAGCUCAGUGGGAUGCUGCUGCCUUCCCUCGCUUAGCUAGGAUGUCCCUGAUAAAGGAUGACACCAAAGCGUCAGCACAACUGGCCAAACUUGAGGUGGUCAUCUCAGCACUGAUGCUGGGCCAACAAUUAGCCCCAUUUGUACAUUUUUACAAAUUUUUGGCAAUUGCCAAGAAUUCUCCACCUUCCCUCCCCAUUGAAUUAAAGAAACUUCUUGCCUCAUGGAUACUCAGAAUACAGUCAAGGUAACAGAUGCCUUUUUUUUAACCAAGGACACAGUACGGAUCUCACAGGGACACUCCUUAUCCCCUGCAGAGAGUUCCAGACACUACUGAUGGUGACCAAGGCAACAUUUCAUCAGAAAACACAGUGCUAGGCUUGUGAAAGUGUCCAGUAGGGCUUCUACUGUCCCUAUAGCCUGCAGGCAGCUGCUUUAGUUGAGAGAUAGACUGAGCUCCUCAAAGAAUUCCUAUUUAAGUUACAAAGCAGCGAGUGGAUGCCCUGCUGGGUUCCACUGUUGCCACAGGCUUUGAUUACUCUUAAGAUCAUGCUUCUUAGGAAAGUGCACUUUUUACACCAGUGCUACACAGUUCCCUCAGUUGCCUUUACUGGACAUCAAGGAGUUCACAUUUUUGACAACCAUUCAGUCCUGGACUGUCCAAGGGGUGGAGGUAGCUCCGUAUAGGAAGCUGCCUGCUGCGUGUGGAUCAGUAAUAUCAGACUUGCCCAACAACUCACUGGAGACAUGAAAACCAAUGCAUGGGGGAUGCAUGACAUCACCCAAAUAUUUAUGAACACGCUUGUGCUGCCAGAGAGCCCAGAUCUCUAAACCAAUGCAUGGGGAAUGCAUGACGUCACCCAAAUAUUUACGAACAGGCUUGUGCUGCCAGAGACCCCAGAUCACUUUUCCUGCCUCCUGCUAAAUAAAUGGGGGCAGUAGAUUUGCAUCGGUUUCCACAUUACAUUACUAAUAACUGUGGCCUUCCUAAUUUCUCAUGUCCCUAAGCACUUAUUACAAUGUCUCAGCAGCUUUCUCUCAGCCUAUCAAAAUAUUAGUCAUCAUGAAAAUAAAUGUCUGAUAUUAAAGCAUCA